AUGAGUUCUUUGGAAGAUCAACAGGAUGAGACAGUAAUUGAUUUAACACACGAAGAAUCGACAACCAUCUCAGAAUCUGGCAACCAGGUUAUCGAAUCAAAUGAAUUUUCUGGUGAAAGCAGCAGUUCUUCUGGUUUUCAAGAUGAAAACCACUCAUCCGAAGAAAUUGUAAAAUUACACAAAGCUCGAAAUGAAUAUAUUUGCCAAUUUUGUGAAAAAAUCUUCAAGGGUAAACCAUGCCUUGUGAAACAUGAAAUUAUGAUUCACUUCUGUAAACCUACAUGUCCUGAUUGCGGAACUAAUUUUACUUCAUUGAAACACUUAGAAAAUCAUUUUGAAGAAUACACAGAAAAAUUAUAUCUUGAAUGUGUGAAAUGCGCUAUGAAUUUUUCGAAGGAAAAAAAUUUUCGAACUCAUUUGGAUUUAAACACAUGCUGGAUAUACUUUUGCGAAAUUUGUGGGGAUUUGUUUCAGUUUCAUGAAUUGAAAGAUCACAUGCGAAGUCACACAGGCGAAGAUUCUUAUCAUUGUGAUUCAUGUGGAAAAGAAUUCAGUUCUGAGACAUCGGUUUUGGAACAUAUGCAAACUCAUAAUAAUGAGAACACACUUGAGUGCGAUUUAUGUAAAAGAAGAUUCAUCAAGGAAGCACAUUUUAAUAAACAUGUGCGAGGAAUAUCCAGAUAUAUUUGUACAGUUUGUGACAGACAGUUUUGCACAAGGUGGUUGUACAAGAGACAUGUUCAAUCUCAUGAUAUAGAAAAACGAACCUGCUCAAUAUGUGAGCUUAUUUUUUCAUCAACACAUAUGCUCGAAAUGCAUAAAAAAGGGAAAAAACAUGCAUAUCAAUCCUCUAUCAAUAAUCAUAAAAGUUCGCAACAUACAUAA